UUGCACACGUGAGUCAUUUAUGUGUUGAAUUUCGUAAAGUUAAAAGUCUUUAAAUUAGUAACCUUUAUUAACAUAGAAACACAAAAAUAUGUGUAUCAAGUAUAUCAGUUUACUGUGUUUAAUUUAUAAUAUGCCAACAGAGAAUUGUGCCGGAAACGGGAUGAAAAAGUAUAGCCGUUUGGGAAUGAAUACCGAUGAACCGGAAACGUCUAAUUCUAUUGAAGACAUGAAUAACAAGAUGAACAAGUAUAGCCGUUUGAGAAAAAAUACCAAUAAACCGGAAAAAUAUAAAACAAUUGAAGAAUGGUCACAUGACUUUGAACGAGCGACCGAUAUAGAUUGGGAUAAAGUGCUAAGUAAACCUUCGGAAUAUCAAAAAAAUGAAAUAAAGGAAGCAUUGGUUAAAACUAAUUGUCCAGAUCAUAUUUUGGAAGGUCUUCUUGUGAAGAGUGAACAUCGUAACUGGCCUUACGAGGUAGAACAAUCAGUACUUGGACGUUUCACAAGUCAUUUAGACAAAUAUAAAUGUAGACGACUUCCAGAAACACCAGCAGUAAUUGUGGUCCCUUCUGAAAAUGAAACGCUGCCCAAAGACUAUAGGCUUCAGCCGCCAGGACUUUUAUUCAUUUUCGAAAAAGUUAAAACAAUCUCUGAUAUUUUAGCUACUUCAGAUUUUGACUGAAAAUCGUCCCAGGAGAAUUUUAUUUUACCGGCUCAAAAAACUAUAUAUAAUUAUUUAAAAAAAAAUAAUAUUUUAGUUGACUUAUACAUGUUUUAGCAUACUGCGCUUGGCUAAAAAUUGUAUUUAUUUUUGCUAACGGGAUUAAAUAAAAUGAGUGUAUUAUAUUGA